AUGCAACCGUUCAACAAGUACUAUCCACCAGACUGGGUCCCAGAAAAGGGAUCGGUAAACAAAUUUGUGGGAAAACACCCGCUUGGAGACAGAGCUCGUAAAAUUAGUCAAGGAAUUUUAAUCGUCAGAUUCGAACUACCCUUCAACAUCUGGUGUGAUGGUUGUGAUAAACAUGUCGGAAAAGGGGUUCGAUACAAUGCCGAAAAGAAGAAAAUUGGAAAUUAUUAUAGUACACCAAUAUAUAGCUUUCGAAUGAAAUGUCAUUUGUGUGAUAAUUGGAUUGAAAUUCACACAGAUCCAAAGAAAAUUGAGACAUGGGAGCCAGAAGAUUCCGAAACUAUUCAACUCAAAGAUGAGGAGGAAGCUAAAAAAUUGGCCGAUAACGCGUUAUAUAAGCUUGAACAUUCUAUUAAUGAUGAAAGAAAAUUUCAAGAAUCUAUUCCGAUAUUGACGCAGCUUCAGAGAUUGAACGAAAGACAAUGGGCCGAUCCGUACACGCAUUCUCAAAAAAUGCGUAAAAAAUUUAGGGAGGAAAAAAAGGAACUGGAAGCUAAAAAACGAUUAGAUGAUGAAAUACGCGAUCGGAAUUCACUAUCGAUUCCAUUAUUGCCUGAAUCUUCUGAAGACAUCAUGGAAGCCAAGUCAACAGAAUUCACAGAUCAUCUUCUCGAACAAGCACAAAAACGCAAGCUUGAAAUAAACACUUCCUCAAUAUUUAAUAAACCAUCAUCAAAAAUUAAAAAAUCAAGAUUUCAUGCUGAUGGAUCAAAAAGCAAAGUAGCAGAGUUAUCAAAUAUUGUUUCCGUGAACACCAAACUUAAAACGGAUCCAUUUCUCAAAGAUAACGAUUGGAAUGGUGGCGGUACUGUGAUUGGUAAAAGUGGUGAAAUCAAUAGUGAUUUAAUCCUCAUAAAGAAAAAAGAUGCGAGCAGACCGAAUGGAAAUCAAGUGACAGAUAAACAAGAGAUUGUAAAAAGUCAAGAUGUUAAUGUACAUACUAUGUCUUUAGUAAGCGCUGAUUAUGACGAUGAGGAUUAA